CGACAACAACCUGAGAUGGCAUUUAGAGCGGCACAUCCAGUGGCCUGUGCAGGAUCUGAAGGAAGGGAGCGAGAUGACAACUUUCCUGAUGGACAACUUCUCCCUUGUGUUUGGACACAUCUUGUCCAACAGUUCCUACCCAAUGCUGCAACGAGCCAUUGGGGUGGGCAGUGCCUUUGAAGGGUGGAGUCCCCGGGAGGAGGAUGUCGUGUACAGUGUCCUUGUCCCCCUCACUCCUCCCCCAAGGCACGUCUUUCAUCUGGAGAUGGACACUUUGGGCCAGUUGCCCGGGAGGAACUUCUACAUCCGCGUGGAGCCGGUGUGCACCUGCAGGAGGGAGCAACAGGAUGAGAACGUCCUGUGCUUCCUCCACCACCCAGAGGAAGAGCAGAGGAGGAACAAGGAGCCCAACUUCCUAAACAUCCUCUGCUCUGACUCCUACCUCGAUGUGGAGAAAACUGCCCGCUGGUUCUACCAGCUGGUGAGAGCAGCCUGGCUGGCUUUGCCUCAGGCACACACUUGGCAAUUAGUGCUGCUGCCCUCCAGCCGCUCCUGUAAAUUCAAGGUGAGCAGAGGCCGAGAGAACCUGAUGGUUGAGGUGCUGUUUGGGGUGCAAGAAGGCAAUUCAGACAUCUAUGUGAGCAGCCAGCCCACAGAGGCCCUCUUCACCCCAAGCACAAUGUGGCCGGAGACCUACGCCGUGGCAGAGAGGAAGUUCUUCAGGCACAUUGCCCGGCAGGCUCCACGGGACAGCUGGCACCUCAGAUGCCUGCAGCUCUUGGCCCGUGCUGUGGUGGGCAUUGGCUUCUCCACCUACACCCUGAAGACCAUUGUGAUGCACCUCCUGAACAUCAUCCCCGUCUCAGGCUGGCGCAUGACGCGUUUCCUGCAGCGGCUAGAGGAUUCCAUGCAGUACCUGUAUGGCUCCCUGCAGGAGAAACGCCUGGACCACUUUGUUGUGGGCAACCGGACCUUGCCUGAGGAGAUUAUCUUGCCCCCGGAUGUCAAAACCGCCCAGCCACUCAACCUCUUCCAUCGGCUGGCACAGGAUCCCGCCGCCCACUCGCAGGCUAUGGAUGAGUGCCUUGAACUGGGACAUCGCAUCUCAACAAUGCUGCAAGACGGCCGCUGAAAGAAGACUCCCUGCGCUCAGCUGUGCUUGGGGGGUCA